ACGUAGUACGCUCGCCUCAGUUCUGCUCCUCAAUUUCAACAACAUCGCUCCGCUUCCAUGUUCUGGAGAUUCGGAUUUCACAACACAUCCUCGAUCGACAGUCUACUGGACAAGGACGAUGUGUCAUUAGAGGCAAUCCUAGACGAAGAUGAUCUACUACAAGAAUGCAAGUCGCAGAACACGCGACUCAUCGAUUAUUUUCAGCGUGUAGACGUCCUGAAAAGACUUUUGGGCUAUGUGACUGGUGAGAUUGAAGGUGAAGAGGAAAGAGGACGUUUCAAAUAUCCCUAUGUCGCUACAGAGGUUCUCUGCAGUGAAAUAUGGUCGAUAGUGGAAACCUGUGUCAAUUCGUCAAGCCAGCUGCUUAUCCCGUUCUGGGAAACUGUUCUCGACAAGUCUCCUGAAGAGAUGAAGACGGAGAUGGUCAUGGCUUCUCACUUUGCCAAGAUAAAUGCUGUCUUCCUCACCAAGAAGCCGGCGGAGAUGCUCGCCUUCAUUCAAUCCCAACCUUCCGUCGUGGAGCGCCUCUUGCGACAUGUCGAGACGCCAUCCAUAGUCGACCUUCUUGUCCGCAUUAUUCAGCUGGACGAAGUUCCAGGUGGUGCAGGCGUUCUUGAAUGGCUUUCGUCGGAAAACCUCAUGGGCAGAUUGGUUGAGCUGCUUUCCCCGGCACACACCAGCGACAUGCACACAGUGGUUUCAGAAUUGAUCAAGGGGAUACUUUCUAUGGCUACCGCGUCACCUGCACCAGGACUCACGGACGGUCUGCAGAAUGGAGUCGCUUCAAAUCUCUUUUCCAGGGAGCUGGCGCGGCCCGAGAGUGUUUCAACAUUAACCGACUACAUACUAGGCGAUUUCAGUCCAUUAGCUGAAGCCGAGUCCCAGAAAGUGCUCCAUGGUGAUGAUUCUACUGAUCACUCCAUCCCAGAGCUCCCCAAUCUUGAGUCAUCCGUCUCUUCUGUUGUCCACUCGAUAUCCGUGGUCAUUGAACUUAUUCGGAAAAACAACUCAGACUAUUUCGAACCAUACCUCUUCCAUACCCUGCGAAAUCGGCUGAUUCAUAUUCAACAACAGCUCGCAGGGGCUGAAAACGGGCGUGCGAAGCUUGAGGAGUCCAUGAAGGAAAUGUCGGACAGAAUGGGCGUGGUUCAUCUUGGCCCCUUACUGGAGAUUAUGGGCGAGCGACUCGCUACCUUCGAGCAAUACCUUCGUCAACCAAGAUCUUUGCAAGGCUCCAUACCCACAACCGUAGGUGUGAUCACGCCUCUCACUUUCGAACGAUUUCGGAUAUGCGAGUUGUAUGCUGAACUGCUGCAUUGUUCUAACAUGGCUAUCUUGAACCGUCCUACGGAGUUCAGCGAUCUUUAUGACAAGCAAGGUCGAUUACAAGGCGGGCUAUCAUCUCUGGAGCAUCUUGCUCGUGUAAUUGCCAUUGGUUCCGGAGACGAGAGGGACCAGGACGCAAUGGAUGACAACAAUGAUGAUGUCGAGCCCGCACUGGAGUUACCAGUCACCAACCGAUCACGAGGCUCUUCGCUAUUAGAUUCGGAUGAAGACAUGAGCGACGACGAACCUGGCAGCUCAGAUGACGAUGCCCUGGAGGAGAUCAUGAUGGACGACCCGCCGAAGGUGCAAAAUUCGCCGCCAGAAGAUGUUCCGCCGCAGCAACCUUUAAUAGUCGUCCCUUCCUCGCCUAAUGCAGCGUCAUUACCUCCACCUGCCGAGAUUGCAGCUCAAGGUGCUGCGAAACGAAGUUCCAGCACGUCUAGUAGUGGUGAUAGCUCGACCGCGAAAUCCCCCUCCCUACACUCGCGCAGAAGCUCUAGGCGGAUGGUUAGCACUGAUACAGCGCCCAGUCUCUCGAUAGGGGAGACAACGAAAAUGCGCUUCUUGGAGGCUAAUGUCCUGGGCACCUUACUGGACCUCUUCUUCGAAUUCCCUUGGAAUAAUUUUUUACACAAUACCGUCUAUGAUUUCGUCCACCAGAUUCUCACAGGCAGGACUGAUGGAGGACUGAACAGAGAAUUGUCAAUAUCUCUUUUCCGGGACGCACACAUCAUGCAACGCAUCAUCGAUGGUCAAAAGCGAAAUGAUGCAGAAAGCUCAAAAGCAAAGGGUGUUCGGCUCGGUUACAUGGGUCAUCUCACGCAGGUGGCAGAGGACGUUAUUGGAGCUCUUGAGCACUAUCCACCAAACCUCCGGUUAAUCAUCGAGCAGUAUGCACCUCAACCUGCUUGGCAGGAGUACGUGACGGGUCGCUUCAAUGAGACCAAGAAACGAGAUACCAGUCUCCUUGGCGGAGGGAAGCCUUCCGUCACCUCAGCUCCGCGUGCUAGUGGUAGAUGGACGGUUGACGAGGAGGACAGUGGCCCAUCACUGAACGCAGCCACGACCUCAGGUCCCGGAACCACUGGGGAAUUCAGGAGAUCUGUGAGCACGAGACCGACAAGAGCAACGAGUGCCGACUUUGGCCCUGCGCCGAUGGACGAGGAAGAUGACCAUGGCGCCGGCCCUCCACAGUUUGCGCGCUACUUAGCUCAGGAAAUGCACUCAGGGGAGCAGUUCAACUCGUCAUCCGAUGCUUCAGACGAAGACGAAGAUGAAGACGGCGGAUGGUUGGCUCAAUCGUCAUUCGAUUUAGGCAGACCUCCCAUGUCUCGCAGAAGUAACGGAAAUCGACAAGAAAUUUCUUCGAGUGGUUUCGAUGAUGCGUUCAACCCUGGUCCCAGCGGUGCUUUGCGGGAGGCGCUGGCUGAUGAUCCUUUCGGAGUAAAAUAUGACGAAGUGAAUAAUUUUGCUCCUCUCUCGCGAGGUUCAUUGACAGACUCAUUCCAGGACGAUGGUUUUGGCCCAUUUUCCGAUGCAGCGGGAGCCUCCCCUGAUCACUUCAACUUUUCUUCCUCGAUUUCAUCGUCUUUCUCGUCUGAUGACUCCUUUGAUUUUGGAGAUUUCCAGAGCUCAGAUGACAGCAUUCACGAUGGUGAGCUAACCCCGACCGCUGGGAGCUGGACUUUGGCAAGUGGUUCAGAAUCAGAAGGGGAUGAGUUCGGAAACCCUGCCAAAGGCUCGAAUGGAAUGCAUCCAAUAUCGUUGAAUGAUUUGAACGGACGACUGGAGGAGUCGGAUAAAAAUAAGGAUUGGAGUUAAAAGCGGUGUGUUGAUAGCGUGGUGUACGCAUUAUCCUAGACGAUGCUCUACUGUUCAUGUGUACAUAUCACAGCACAUAUUCCUUCUAUUCCUUGUCUCGUGUGGGUAUGUUAACAUAUUGUUAUAUCUUGAAUUGAUAACCUCCAACCCUUGAUUCUGCUGUGAAUUUCAGCUCGUCGAGAACUUUCCCAGCUGGGUCAGCAAGGGUGCAUUCGACACUGUCACCUGGAUUGACAGGACCAACACCGGAAGGAGUUCCGGUCAGGAUGAGAUCACCCUC